UAAACGUCAUCAAUUCCAUUGAGUUCAAAAUCGACCGAAAUCAAGUCAAGCAAAUAAAUAGCAAGUACAACAUGUUUAGUAUCAAAAUUAAAUAUUAAAUACGAUAUUUACCGGGUUCUGAAUCACACAAGUAAAAUGCCGCUCAUCCGUUCCGCCAGUGUUAACUUGCUAGUGGAAAUAGUUCUCCGAAUAGGUUUUUUGUCAGCUUUUUGUUACAUGGAGUCAAUGUCGCCAUUCACUAGGGUAAUUCAGCCAUCAGAACUCCAUGACAGCUGUAAGUUCCCUCGUCACGACUCCUAUGUUCCCACAAGCACUCUGUGGAGUAUUGUAUUAUCCGUGCCAUGCAUACUUUCAUUAUUGGCUUGGGCCUUUUGCAGUGACUGUAACGAUGCCUUAGAGUUUCUUCUGGCAUGGUCACUGUCCCUGGGCAUCACAGGCGUUCUGACAGACACGGUUAAGCUUAUUGUAGGUCGACCACGCCCGGAUUUCUUCUACCGAUGCUACCCCGAUGGAUUGGAAUCUCCAAAUCUUCAAUGUACUGGAGAUCCCGCUGACAUUAUGGAAGGAAGGAAGUCAUUUCCCAGCGGUCACAGCAGUUUAUCAUUCUGCUCUUUGGGUAUAGCGUCUUUAUGGCUCUGUGGCCGUUUGGGAGUGUUGUCCCGUGGCAGAGGGUCGGGGGUUCGAGUCUCAGUCACUUUAGCUCCUUUGGUACUCGCAUCUUGCAUCGCGUUAUCACGGACAUGCGAUUAUCAUCAUCAUUGGCAAGAUGUCUUGGUCGGAUCGAUACUUGGUCUGUCAGUAUCGACAUUUUGUUAUCGCCAAUACUACAACCCUCUCAGUUCGGACAACGCGGGCGUUCCAUACAUUGUUUCGACGUCACAUGUCAAAUAUUUUAACGGAAAACCGGACAUAAGUCCGGUGAAAGAAAAGGAGGAAACCUCGCCGUUGCUGAAGAAAGAAGAUAAAUGGAUUUAAUUUUGAGGGUACACGGUAUAAUGCGAUUCAAAUAAUAAUAGGUGGGUUGUGGAGUUUGUCGGGUAAAUACUUUAUUGAUAUAGUAAGAUACAGCUGAGGUAGUGGAGAAAUCCCUAAAAAUAAAUUUAUAUGCUAGCGAUUUAUUUAUUUUUUUGUUUGUACAUUGUUCUUAAAAUUGAGGAACUGGGUGGGUGUCACCCCAAAAAAGGUGACAAACGGUGUGCAAACUUCGCUAACAGCCUAGCCUUUUAACUAGCGGCCUUAAACAUAUUCAGCUAUAGCGUUUGUUACAACAUUUAAAAAACUGGCUCAUGGUUAGGCCCUUCGUAAGAUAGAGUGAUCAUGUGGCAAAAAUAAAAGAUAAUAAAAGAAUUAUCUUUUAUUUCUUUAAUUUUAAAAGUAAAAUUAAAUUGUCUGAGUCAAAUUCACAUUAUUAUUGUCACUACACUCUUCCUUACUUAUCUCUUACUUGUUGUUUUUCAUUAAACUUUGGAAAACAGAAUCAAAUUUGUGGUUUGCCGACGCCAUAUUGACAGUUGGUAGUUUCGUUUCGUGGCGUUUAGUGGCAGAAAGUGAAACUAAAUUAAAAUUAACAGUUAACAGGCUAGUCAAGUAAUGAAACUCCAUCGAUCCAUGUCAUUUGCCUAGCUGUUUUAUCAACUGACUGAACAUCAUUUAGGGUGCUAGCUAAACGGCGUUGUUUAGUUAGGCUGUAGAACAGCUGAUCAAGCUUUCGGGUAUACAGUGAUGAAAGAACCACUUUCAGCCUGCUAACAUCCACUCUUGGAAAUAGAGUCUCCGCUAAAUUCCCAGUACCAUCCAUGGCCAUCCGUUCUUCUUUUGCUUGUUAGUAACUUUAGUUCUUCUAUGAAUCUCUUCUGUACCCUAGAGGUACAUAUUUCAGUAGAAACAAAAGUUGCUACUAGAUAUCAGUAUAAUUGCAAUAAAAGUUUGAAGUACCUACUUAGCCAAUAUCUAUAGUCAAAUUCAAAAUCAU